GUCCAGCAUUCUGUGAAAAGCAGCUGCCAGCAGCUCAAGCGCCAUCCACCUUCCGCCCCGCCCCACCCUCCGUCCCCCACCCUAGCGCCCGGGCCUGCUUGAUCCCCGCUGGGAGUCUGCUGUGUGUGGGAGGCUCACUGAACUGGAUGCAGAGCUAAUAAAGCUUUAUGAGGCCAGCCAGCUACUCAGAGGGAAUGUGAUCCUGAACUCUAACAGCAGGAGAUCUGUAUCUGGGAAAAAGCCUGUAUCUGGGAUGAGCUUGACAUAGCCUAAGUUUCUUCCUACAGAGCCCAGUGAACCAACAUUGAAGUCCCACCUUUUCAACUCACGAAAUCCUACACUGCCAAGAUGGCCACUGCCAACCUUGCCCACAACCCACUGUAUCGGGUCCUUGUCAGGGUGUCUGAGAGCUUCUCUGGAGUGGAGAGAAAGCUGCAAAAGUAUUUCCAGAACCCAUGGAGGUCCGGGGGAGGCAAGUGCAGGGUCAAAGCUGGUCCCCGAGAAGGUACUUUCUGGGUAGAGUUUUAUAAAAGACAAGCCAAGGAAGGUGUGAUGGCAAAGAAAGAUCACUCUGUGGCAGUUGGCGAUACAUCAUAUGUGAACAUUUUCCUAGAAACAGAUGAAGACUCAGAGGAGAACAGCAUUUUGGAAGGAAGCCAAAUUUCCUCUCAGACUCAGUCACUCCCAAAGGAGUUUUUAGAUGACAAGCACCCAGAUGAAGGAAUUGCUCCUAGAUCCUCUCGUACUUUUGUUAAAAAGAUAUUUCUCCAAGUAAGGGCCCAGCUGAAAUUCAGCCUUUCCAAAGAGCAGAGGGAGAAAAUUAUUGACCUCUGCCCAAAUGUCAGAAUAGAGGUAUACCGUGAUAAACCUGAAAAAUUGAUUGGUGAAUACCAAGAUAUUGUAAAAAUUUAUCACUUGUUAAGUGAUAGGGUGCUGGGAAACAACCAAAAAGAUCAUUUUCCCCACUCAGCCUCAGCAAGAAAAAUUGAGCACAGUAAACCAAAUGACUGUGACAGUCCUGUUCUUCGCUCCAAACCCAAACACAGAACAGAAGAAGAAUCAGACCUUAUCUCAGUUCCUUCACAUUUGUAUGAAUACUUCAAAUAUUUCUUUGCUGAAACUCUGUCUAGAAUAGAAAGUGAGCAUCAAGUGCAUAUCAAAAGUACUUUGGCAUAUCCUAUUGGCAAUGUGUGUUUAGACUUCGAGACACGUAAGUCAGGGGACAGAAAAGCAGCUCAAGAAGCUUUUACCAGAGCAUUUCAGAAGGAAAUACAGAAUGUGAACCGUCAGGAUGUUCAUUUCUCAGAUAGGAAACUGGCACUUGAAGUCCAAAAAACACUGACAGGCAUGUUUAAAAACCUCCGUAUUAAAGCUGAAGGAAAAGCCUUAAUCCUAUGGGGAAACCAAGAGGAUAUUUCAGGAGCUCAACGUUUCCUUGAAUCAAACCUCUCCCACAAAAAACCUCUGGAAGUGAUGAUUUCCCAAAACCCGAAGAAGAAUGAAAUUGAAGUUGAUACAGCUUACUUGCAUCUUCUGGACCAAGAAAUCAGAGAAAUCGAGAAAACAUAUGACACUGUAAUGGAAAUGAUAAACAAACCCAAAACCCGAAAAACCCUCAUUGUAUUUAAACCAAAACACAAAGACAUAGACCUCUCUGCACAUGCUUAUGAAGAUUUCAUUGAGGUUUUUCAGAUGCUCUUACAUGAGAUCGUCAAAGAGGUAGUGAUCCUGAAACCAUUAGAUGAAGAGAGAAAGCGUUGGCCUGAAAAGACAUUCUUUGAAGAAUUUGAAAGAAAGCACCCAUAUGUAAACUUGGAGUGGUUUGAACAGCAACUGACAUUGACUGGUUUACCCAAGUACGUUGGAAAAGCAAUGAAGUAUAUUAAGAAACAUUUUACUAUUGAAGGUCCUCCUCAGCAGAGACAAGGGCUAGUUCUCUCCCUUGGAGAAAUUUGGUUCAGAAUCCCCAGAUCCACCUUGCACAAAAAUGGUGAUGAUUUAAAGAUGGCUUUCCCUAACUUCAAGGGAUUGCCUGGCUUAGGAAUGGAGGAUGAAGAGGAUGAUGAAUGUGCUAUCUGUCUAGAUGUCAUUCACCACAAGGAAGUCCUCUCAAAGUGCAAGCAUGAGUUCUGUGGCCCUUGUAUCAGAGAGGCCAUGAAGCAUAGGCCAGUGUGCCCUGUAUGCCAGACUUCCUAUCACGUCGUGAAAGGGAACCAGCCAGAUGGAACAAUGACAACCUCUUACAGAACCUCUUCGCUUCCAGGUUAUAAUUCAUGUGGCACCAUUGUGAUUCAGUAUGACAUGCGGGGAGGCAUACAGACAGAAGAUCAUCCCAACCCAGGAAAACGCUAUGAAGGAACAAGACGGGUGGCAUAUUUGCCAAAUAAUGAAGAAGGACGGCACGUUUUGAAUCUCCUCAGAAGAGCUUUUGACCAAAGGUUGAUUUUCACAGUAGGACAGUCUCAGACAUCAGGAGUCAAUGAUGUGAUCACUUGGAAUGAUAUUCACCACAAAACUCUGCAGUUCGGCGGGCCAGAAAACUUUGGUUACCCUGAUCCCAAUUAUCUGCAACGAGUCAAGAUGGAGCUGAAGGCAAAAGGAAUUGAGUAAGAGUGCUGACUUCAAGGGUGCCUUGAGAGCUGGGCUUGCAAGAGCUGCAGCAGUGGAAAGGAUUCAAAGCAACCCUUAAAAUAUUUAUGUGUAUAGGCAUCAUUUAGAGAAAAUAAAAGAAUUUGAGAAGAAAUUAGUUUGUUUAGGGCUGAGUGGGAUAAACUGCUACCUGCUAACCUGUCUAAUUUCUUGUAGGUUUUUACUUUUUAUUAGACAAACUGAGCACCUGGUAGGAAUGCAAAAGUUGCUUUAAUGAGAACCCAAAGUGUAUCUUUCAGUCCUUUGUUGCCUGUCUCAAUUUUCCUGCCACCAGGGAUGCUGUAGUUAAGGAUUCUUCCAUUGUACCACUUGCUUAUAUAAGGUGAUGAUUGAGCUUCGGGCCCCUUCACAUUAUUUGUGGUCAGCUAUUGUUAGUCUCGGAACUCACUAAAGCUAGCUCCCUUUUAACUGGAAUGGUAGCCAGGAACAUUAAAAAGGUUGGAAGACAUCUUGAAGAAAAUUAUACUCUCCAAAAUACUUACAUGAGUCUUUCACAUCAGAAAGAAACUAUCCAUUGUUGGGGCUCUGGAAAAUUUAAUCUAAGUUGAGGAGCUGGAAAGAUAUUUCUGUCUUCAAUCAAGUCCAGUGACUUUCAAUCACUUUCAGGAACAAAGAGAAAAGCCUUUGAUUGGCAUUCAAAUCCCUUCAUAAUCUUGCUUUUUCCUUUUACUCCCCCACUAUGGAUUCUGUGAUUCAGUGAUUGUGGCUUCGAUGUUCCUUGUACAAGAAACUCCAUCUCACCAGACUGCAUUUACACUGGAUAUUCCCCAUGACUGGAAUUCUUUCCCUCCUCAUUUCCACCAACUGCCUUCCCUGACUUCUUUCAAGUCUUACCUAAAAUCCCACCUUCUACAUGAAGCUUUCCCAAAUGCCCUUAUUACUAGUGCUUUUCUUGUGUGGGUUAUCCAUGAUUUGUCCUGUAUGUAGCUUGUUUGUACAUAGUUGUUUGAAUUUUGUCUUGCCAAUUAGACAAUGAGAUAUUUGAGAGUAGAGACUGUCUUUUGCCCUCUUUUGUAUCCCCAGCACAGUGCCUAGUGUAAGGUAGGCACUUAAUAAAUGCUUGUUGACUAAAUGAAUCACUAUGGGCAAACUCAUUGACUUGGAAAUCAGUCUUUCCAGAUUAAUAGACAAUUGACAUUGGCUUGUGUACUUCCCUGCUUCUCUGCAAUCUUAGCUCACCUUUUGGGGUGUACCUUGUGGCAAUUGCUCUGUUUUUCCUGAGACCACAUUCAUACUUAAAUAUUUUCUGACUUUUAACCUUCACAAAGUGGUCUGCUCAAUUUGCCAUUAUUUUAGGUGUCCUCUCAAAUGGGCAACAGAUGGAAUGCCCAUUCAUCUCUGAAUGAGUUCAUUUUUUGUUUUUGCUACAAAAAGUAAGCCUAAUUCACAGGAGCUUAAAUACUGGAUCUUGUGGCAUCACUUGGAGAGUAAAAGAGAACCCCUAAUACAGAGAGGUUCCUUUCAUAGUUACAAACAGAUUAUUGGUAAUAAUGCAACACCCUAUUGCCACAGUGUAGAAGGUCAAGGAUUAUAACUCAAUACCUGUUUGGUUCUUCUAUAAAUAAUUAAAUCGUCUGGAUCUGUCUUUAUGAUUAUGUUAGGGGAGACAUGAUUUAAUGGCUGUGUCCAAUGCUUCUAAUAAAGUCAAAACUGUGUCAUGAUCAUAAAAAAAUGUUAUGUUCUAUAAAGGAUUUAUUAACUAUUUCUGUGUUUUGACAUUUGUUUGCAAAAUCUCUGUGCCCUAAAUUGACAUGGUCAAUUUUUGUAAAAGUUCCAUGUGCUACUGUGAAAUGUGUAUAUUCUUUUGCAAUCCUAUUUAGAAGAUGCCAGAAGUCUUUCUGGUCUAGUUUCUCUAGCUAUUUUUUCAGUUCCUUAUUUUCCUUUUGUUUAUAUUUCUAUUAAAAUCACUCUAAACUAAA